AUGGGGCGUCGCGUAUCUCCAAAUGGGCGCGUCAACCUCACUUCAACCCGAGCACUCUUCACACAAAAAGCGUAUAUCACGAUCUCAAAUAGAGAAGCUAAAGAUCACCGGACCAUUAUUGAAUGUCUCAAGUACGCCACUACCGGCCAACUCCCCCCUAACAGCAAGGGCGGGGCCUUUGUACACGAGCCUAAGCUCGUAGGGGAAAAGGAGGUCAUGGCACAAGUCAAGCUUCAAUUCAAGGACCACAGGGGGUCAAAGUUGGUUGUUACGAGAAGUCUACAACUUACUGUCAAGAAGACCACCAGGACGAUGAAGUCGCUCGAUGCCUCACUUUUAAUGAUAAAAGAUGGAGAACGAACCUCGUUAUCGACUAGAAUGGCAGAGAUGGAUGGCAUUAUCCCGAAAUAUCUCGGAGUAUCUGCGGCAAUUCUAGAGUCCGUCAUAUUUUGCCAUCAGGACGAGUCGUUGUGGCCUAUGAGCGAGCCAUCGGUGCUGAAGAAGAAAUUCGAUGAAAUCUUCGAGGCUAUGAAAUACACGAAGGCGAUUGACAACCUCAAGGCUCUGAGGAAAGAUCAUAUGGAUAAACUGAAGUCACUCAAACACCAGGAGACGACUGCCAAGGAUAACAAGGACAAAGCCGACCGAGUGGAGAGAAAAUGCAAGGCACUUGCGGCCGAGACCGAUCUUGUCAGAGACAAGGUCAACGCCCUCGACAAGGACAUAGAAGUUGCGAUGACUGUUAAACAGGACAGACAUAUGAGGGCAGCUCAGGCUUUUACGGUUGUUGAGGAACUUAAGCAAAAAUCCCUGCAGGCAGAAUAUCUACGGGAAAACGUCAACGAGUUGAAGUCACAUCUCAAUGAGCUUCAGGAAUCUGAUGAGUGGCUUGAGUCAACUCUGGCGCAAUAUGAUGAGCGGAUGGCUCAAUAUAAGGAGGAAGAGGAAAAUCUCCGAGUUCAAUAUAACGUACUCAAAGAGGGAACUAAGACGUCUACGCGACAAAUGUCCGAGAGGCAAGCGGAAAGGGGUCAACUGCAAGCCGAGAAAGAGAGCUAUGAGAGACAGGUCCAAUCGCGAGUUCAACUUGUUAAAGAGGCUGCGCGUCAUCACUCGAUGCGGGGUUAUGAUGGAGACCUUGAUGACAGCCAGAUCCGGGAGUUUGUCGGACGAAUAGAAAAAUUGGCCAGAGACAAGGAUCGUGAACUGGAACGCAUCAGGAAGACGAUGGAUGACGAGCUCCAGCAAGCCCAGGCUGUUAUCACAGAUCUUGAGCGCCAAAGAACGGCCCUAACGCAAGAGAAAAUCAACGCUAGGCAAACCAUUGCUGGCAAUGACAAAAAGUCAAAUGCAAAGCAGAAUGACAUGAGCUUGAUUACAGUAGAUGAAGGAGCGAUAGCUGCACUUGAGAUCUCACUGAAGGGAGCACGAGAACGUCUAGAACGGCUCACAUCUGAAUAUGAGGCCGCAGAUUGGGAUAAUCUUCUUAAAACCGAGCGAAAUCAACUACGACAGCUUCAAGAUGAAUCAGCAAGAUUGCGGAGUGAGUUAAUCCAGAGCAACAAACUUGUCCAAGGCCAGGCACAGCUGGAGCUUGUCAAGAAGGAGGCAAAGGAUCGUCAAGCACGUCUUGAUACUUUGAAGGCGACGUACCAGGAACAACUAGCUUCUAUAGUUGGGCCAGAUUGGCGAGUGGAGAGCCUUGAACGCGAAUUUCAAGAUGCUCUGAACCAACGUACUCGAGCUGUAGAGGAUGCCAAAAAGCAACAGGAUGGGAUGGCUAAGGAUCUUAGCGGGGUGGAGUUCCAGCUUAAGUCAUGCCGCGGUGAGAUUAAGAAGAAGAAAAAUGAUAUGCAGAGGUGCAUGAGCGCAGUGUUAGCCUCCAUCACUACCGCUGACGGAGACCCGCUGUCCAGCAUCGAUGAUUAUCCGAACGAACUACAAGCCAUAGAGAAGGAACGCAACCAAGCUCGGAAGGAUCUUGAUGGAAUGGUUUAUUAUACCGAUUAUUACAAGACAUGCCUGGAAACUGUAAACCAGCGCAAUAGCUGCAGGCUCUGCCAGAGAAAGUUUGCAGAUGGGAGGGAGCAGUCAGCAGCACUAGAAAGAAUCAAUAAGCUACUCGCAAAGCAGGCGAAAGACCAGCUCGAGGAGGAGCUUCGAGUAUACGAUGAAGAUUAUCGGAAAGCAGAUGCAUGCCGCUCGCAAUACGAAACCUACAAAACCUUAUCAUCUGAACUUCCGACAAUUGAGAACAAUCUUGAAAAGCUUGAAUCCGAAAAGGCCUCACUUGUCGCAAACCUCGAAAGACAAGAUACCUUGGUCUCUAAUGCCGAGGCAAAAACCAGGGAAGUCACCAACCUCAGCAAAACCGUCACUACCAUUACCCAAUAUAACAGCGAGAUUUCUAAGUACGAGAAUGAUAUUGCGCGACUUUCUUCGCAGCAGAAAUUAUCUGGUAGUCUUCUGUCUACCGAUGAGCUUGAUCAGCAGAGUACGGCCUGCGAGGAGCAGAUCCGGACUGCAAAUAACAAAAUCAACAAGCUCAUCGCUGAUAAAGAACAAGCACGAUCUACUAUCAACAGCUUAGAGAGAGAAGAAGCGGAUUUCUCUCAGAAGCUCAAUUCAGCCCAGUACAAGCUUGAGAAGAAGCAGGCACUUUCCUCCGCCAUUGAAGAACUUCGUGAGAAUACCGUGCAGCUUCGUGAUGCUAUACAGCGUGCAGAUGACGAACUCGAAUCACUGGCGCCACGAAUUUCGAAGGCCAGAGCUCAGCGCGAAGACAUCCAAAAGCGUGGCCGAGUCAAUGAAAAGGAGGUCCAGGCGGAGAAGGAUAACGUGGCCAAGACAGUCCAUAAGUUCAAGGUGGUGGAAGAGAGCAUCAGCAAGUACGAAGAAGAAGACGGAGCUGGAAAGCUCGCAGCAUGUCACCGCGCGAUCAGCAAUCUCGAGCAAGAGCAGAAGCGCAUUGAGACCGAAAUUUCCCACGUUACUAAGAGUGCCAAUGAGAUGAAGGCACGCGCAGACGAUAGUGAGAGCACCAGGAAGAGCAUCGUUGAGAAUAUGCGAUAUAGAAAAAAUCUUCGGGACUUGAAAGAUAUCCAGGACGAAAUUGCGGAACUCAACUCUCGCAACGUUACCGAAGAUUACGAGCAACUCGAGUAUGAAGCUACCGAUGCGGAGAGAAAUUAUCAGAACUUGGUCGCUGACAGAGGGCCGAUGGUUGGUGAAAUAAAGAGCAAAGACCAAGAGCUGGCAGGAUUAUUACAGGAAUGGGAAGCCGAGUACAAAGAUGCAGGACCACAAUAUCGGGAAGCCCACGUCAAGGUCGAGAUCACAACAGCAGCCGUCGAUGAUCUUGCAAAGUAUGGGCAUGCUCUUGAUGCCGCGAUCAUGAAAUACCAUAGUCUAAAGAUGGAGGAGAUCAACCAGAUUGCGGGCGAGCUCUGGCAGAGGACCUACCAGGGUACAGAUGUUGACAGAAUCAUGAUUCGCUCAGAGAACGAAAACGAAAAGGCCAAACGUAACUAUAACUACCGUGUGGUCAUGGUGAAAGAAGACACCGAAAUGGAUAUGCGCGGUCGAUGCAGUGCCGGUCAAAAGGUGUUAGCUAGCAUCAUUAUUCGCCUAGCCCUUGCAGAAUGCUUUGGCAUCAACUGUGGAGUCAUUGCUCUCGAUGAGCCAACCACGAAUCUAGAUCGAGACAACAUCAAGGCUCUCGCAGAUUCCUUGCACUCCAUCAUCAAAGCACGACGACAUCAGUCAAACUUCCAACUUAUCAUCAUCACUCACGAUGAGGAUUUCUUGCGGGAGAUGAACUGCUCUGAUUUCUGUGAGACUUAUUGGAAGGUUAGCAGGGAUGAUAAGCAGAAGAGCAGUAUUGAGCGACAGUCGCUUUCUAAUCUCAUGUAA